CCCCUGCCCACCAGAUGUGACCCCACCACCACCAAUCUCGACACCCUCCCUGUCAUGAAAGCCUCGUUUGUCCUUACUCCUUUGCCCGUCAGGCAUAUGGAAGGAAACCAACAGGUGAUGAUACAGGUAGAUAGCCCUGUAACCUCCCACCUUCCCACUGCUACAGUCGACAGCACCCACUUCCUAGAAGCUCACACACGCAGUCACUGCUCAUUCCCACACCGGUCUCCAGCUCCGAGCUUCAAGCUUUCGUCUCACCUGAUCAAGGGAACAGAUUAACUGAUUCACCAGACACCUUUCUGAGGUCCAAAGACCUACAGGUUCUCUCGGGAAGUUCCCUGCACGCCCAGGAAACACGUGGUAUUUAUGAAGACCCACAAAUCGGCAAGCAGCACUGUGCAGAACCUCCUGUACCGCUACGGAGAUGCCAAGAAUCUCACCUUCGCUCUGCCUCCCAAUAAUCACCUGGGCUACCCGAAUCUCUUCAGGGCCACCUUUGUUAAAGGCUUUGCAAAGAACCCGGGCAAGGAAUACAACAUCAUCUGUAACCACAUGCGCUUCAAUCUGCCUGAGGUGAAGGUGACGGGCAACGACUCUUUCGUCUUCACCAUCCUGCGGAACCCAGACAGCGUGGCAGAGUCGGCGUUUCCCUACUACCACAGCGUUGCCCCGGCAUUUCGUGCCACGAAGAGCCUGCCAGAGUUUGUGAGGAAGGUGAACAAGGUGUUCAAGCCUAAAACACCCAACAACUUCUAUGCCCACAACUUGUUGUGGUUCGAUCUUGGUGGGGACGCGGAGGCAGGGGCUGAAGGACCUCACGUUGACCAAACCCUCAAGGAGUUCAACUCUACCUUCCAUCUGGUCUUGCUGGCCGAGUACUUUGACCAGUCGCUGGUCUUGUUGCGGGAGGCUCUGUGUUGGGACAUGGAGGACAUGGUGUCCUUCCAGCUCAACGCCCGUGACCCCUCGACCAGAAGCUCACUCCCCCCUGAUCUUCUCUCCACCCUCCAGCGCUGGAACGCCCUGGACUGGCAUCUCUACCGCCACUUCAACACGUCCUUCUGGCAACGGGUGGAACGGUACGGGGUGGACAGGAUAGAAACAUAG